AUGGCAAUUCCGCUCUCCGAAAAGCCUGAUGAACAGGACAUUGGCCAUCGCCAUGGCCAUCAGGUGAACGGUCACGCUGACGAGAGCGUCAACGGUCACGGUCAGGUCAAUGGAAUAAGCAAUGGAACGACGUCUUUGAUCAAUGGCAACGGGCUUACUGGCCAUCUUGACGAUGGACCAGCAAUUGAAAUCCCCAUCAGAGAGACGCCCAUGGGCACGACGCGACCAUUCAAGGUCAUCUUUAUGGGCAUGGGCGCGAGCGGAAUCAACUUUGCCUACAAGCUGUCUCGGGAACUGGAGAAUGUGGAGCUGACCAUCUACGAGAAGAAUGACGAAAUCGGCGGAACGUGGUUCGAGAACAAAUACCCAGGAUGCGCGUGCGACAUCCCCAGCGUCUGCUAUCAAUAUAGCUGGCAACGGAAGCCCGACUGGACGCACUACUAUUCGGGAUCCAAGGAGAUCUGGGAAUACUUCAAACAAGUCAGCGACAGCAAUCAACUGGGCAAGUACGUCAAGCUCAAGCACCGGAUCGUGCGGGCCGAAUGGCUGGACGACGAGGGCAAGUGGAAGGUGACGGUGGUGCGCAACAACGGCCGGGACCCAGACGACACGUUUGACGACUAUGCCGACCUGUUCAUCCACGGUGGCGGCGUGCUGAACAAUUGGAAGUGGCCGGAAAUCAAGGGCCUGAGCAGCUUCGAGGGCCCCCGGCUCCACACGGCCAACUGGGACGAGAAGGUCGAUCUCCACGGCAAGAAGGUCCUGGUCAUCGGGGCCGGCAGCUCCGGCGUGCAGGUGGUGCCGGCGAUCAUCGACCAGGUCGACCGGUUGUUCGUGGUGGCGCGGUCACCGACCUGGAUCACGGCGGGCUUUGCCCCAGCCUACGCAGGGCCGAAUGGAGCCAACUUUGCGUAUUCCGAGGCGACCAAGCAGCGGUUCCGCGACGACCCGACCUUCUACCUGUGGUACUGCAAGGCCAUCGAGUCCGAGCUGAGUGUGCGGUUCAAGAUGAUCGUGCUCGACACGCCGGAGAACAAGGAGGCGCGCGCCUUCUCCCUGCAAGAAAUGAGGCGCAAGCUGGCCCGCAAGCCCGAGUUGAUGGACAAGCUGAUUCCCACCGAUUUCGGCGUGGGCUGCCGCCGACCCACGCCGGGCAAUGGGUUCCUGGAGGCCUUGACGCACGACAAGACCACCGUGCUCACGGAGAACCUGCAGGAGAUCACGCCCAAUGGCUUUAUCGGCCCCGACGGCCAGCACCACGAGGUCGACGUGGUCAUCUGUGCCACGGGGUUCGACACCUCGUUCCGCCCGCAGUUCCCCAUCAUCUCCAACGGCCGCAACCUGCAGGAUGAGUAUGCCUCCGACCUGGUCGGCUAUCUGGGCCUGUCGGUGCCCGAAGUGCCCAACUACUUCAUCUUCGUCGGCCCCUAUGGCCCGCUCGGCCAUGGCUCGCUCGUGCCCAUGGUCGAGGCCUAUACCAACUACGUCGUGCAGGUGAUCAAGAAGAUGCAGGUCGAAGACAUCAAGAAGAUCCAAGUCAAGCGCUCCGUCGCUCAGGAUUUCACCCGCCACGCCGACCGAUAUCUGAAGCGCACCGUGUGGUCCGGCCCCUGUAGCUCCUGGUUCAAGGCCGGCUCCGUGAGCCGAAAACCCGUGUGCUGGCCUGGCUCGCGCAUCCAUUAUCUCUCCAUGCUGCAGACCCCGCGCUACGAGGACUUUGACCUCGAGUACCUGUCGGGGUCGAGGUUCAAUUUCUUGGGAAAUGGCUUCCAUGCCCGAGAGUACGACGGUCGCGACUUGACCUGGUAUUAUUCCCUGCUGGACGGUCAAGACAAGCAGCCCGAGUCGUUUCCGCCGCCGCUAUAUUGA